AACAGCAGUGAGGCGAUGGCCUGCUGCACUUCAGCUCAGUCGGCUACCCCUUCCUCCCCUUCCCCUUGGUUCAUCUCGUCGUAUAUCUCUCUCGCGCGCACGGCGGCCUCGGCGCAGGCACCGGUGGAGGGAGGGUCAGCGGGUGAAACCCGGCCGGCGGCUCCAAUCAUGGACUGGUCGCUGACUGCGGGACAGAAGCUCUUACUACUUUUCACCGCCACCCUAACCCUGCAGAGUAGUACUACAGCUUAUGGGUCUGAGUCCUCGGGGAGCAUCCGCAUGGCGCGGCCUGACUGCCCAGACAAGUGUGGUAACGUCAGCAUCCCGUACCCGUUCGGCACCGGAAAAGGCUGCUUCCAAGAACCCUUUACUGUCACAUGCAAUGCCAGUGGGCCAUAUCUAGCUUCAACCAGAGUUAGGAUACUGGACAUCAAUCUUAGCAUGGGUGAGAUUCGUGUUCUGAACCCACGUAUAGCAUGGGAAUGCAACUACACCGACGGCACCAAUAGCAGCGGUUUGGAUGGGUUAAGACUUGAUCCUUUUCAUAAGCUUUCCUACACCAAGAACAAGUUGAUAUCGAUCGGUUGUGCUACACUUGGAUUUAUCGGAGGAAUCACCAAGGGCGAGAACCAGCUUUUGUUCCCCAUUGUUAACUCAUGCUUUUCAUUCUGCACUGACGCAAGUAGCAUGAAUGGUAGUACAAAGUGCGUUGGCAUGGGUUGCUGCGAAACCGCCUUUCCAGGAAACAUCAGCUCCUUCCGCACCGAAUCUAGACCAUUAACAAUAUACAACUCUAGCACCCAGCCUUCCCGCCCGUGCAGCUACACAUUCGUUGCUGAGGAGGACUGGUUCAAGUUCAAUCAUUCAUAUAUUAUCUCUACAAAUUUCGCAACUAAAUAUACAGAUGGGGUCCCUUUGGUACUAGAUUGGGUUGUUGGUAAUAAAAGUUGUUCGGAAGCCACCAAGAUGGGGUCACAGUAUGCCUGUCAAGCCAAGAACAGUCAAUGCAUUAAUGUGUCCAAUGGCCCUGGUUACCGCUGCAACUGCUCUCAAGGUUAUGAGGGCAAUCCCUACCUACAAGGAGGGUGCCAAGAUAUCAAUGAGUGCGAACCUCCAAACCAGUCCUUCUAUCCUUGCAAAGGUAAUUGCAGAAAUACCGAUGGAAACUACAUCUGUCUAUGCCCAUCAGGAUUCAGGAGCGAUGAUCCCAAGAGCAUACCCUGCGUUCCAGCUGAUCCAAAGAAAGCGCUGAAGGUGGUUUUAGGCAUAUCCUUCAGUGUUGUCUUCCUCAUGGUUUGUAUCUUUGCUCUACGGGCUGAAUAUCAGAAAAGGAAGCUUGCCGAAGAGAAGGACAAAUUCUUUGAUCAGAAUGGUGGUCAGAUAUUAUAUCGCCAAAUUAUGUCAAAAGAAGUCGACACAUUGAAGAUAUUCACACAAGAAGAUCUGAAGAAGGCUACAAACGAUUUUGACAAGAGCAAAGAACUGGGCAGGGGUGGUCAUGGCACUGUCUACAAGGGCGUUCUGAAGGAUAACAGGGUAGUCGCCGUGAAACGCUCAAAGAUAAUGAACGUGGCCGAAACUGGUGAAUUCGUGCAGGAGAUUAUUAUACUUUCACAGACCAACCACCGGAAUGUGGUCAGGCUUCUGGGCUGCUGCUUAGAGGUGGAAGUCCCCAUACUGGUCUAUGAAUUCAUCCCAAAUGGCACUCUAUUUGAGUUCAUCCAUCGUAGCUACGGGAGUCCACCUCCCUCGCUGGACACCCGUCUUAGGAUUGCUCAAGAAUCUGCCGAAGCACUGGCGUAUCUGCAUCUGUCCAUGAACCACCCUAUAGUGCAUGGGGAUGUCAAGUCUAUGAACAUUCUCUUGGACGACAACUACAUGGCGAAGGUGACUGACUUUGGGGCGUCUAGGAUGCUCCCCAAGGACGCGGCCCAGUUCAUGACGAUGGUGCAGGGCACCCUGGGUUACCUGGACCCCGAGUACCUGCAAGAGCGACAGCUCACGGAGAAGAGUGAUGUCUACAGUUUCGGGGUCGUGCUGCUGGAGCUGAUCACAGGGAAGGCAGCGAUCUAUAACGACGGGCCCAAUGAAGGCAAGAGCCUCGUGCGGUCCUUCCUUCUCGCGAUGAAGGAGGACAGCCUCGAGGACAUCCUGGACCCGAGCAUCGUGCGCGCAGGGACAGAGACGCUGCUGGGAGAAGUGGCCGAGCUGGGGAGGAUGUGCUUGGGUCCCAUGGGUGAAGAGAGGCCUUGCAUGACCGAGGUGGCCGACAGGCUGAAGGCUCUGCGAAGCACCUGGAGGGAAGAGCUGGUGCUGGACCGUGCGGUGACGGAACAUAUGGUCGUGCGCAUGCCACCUGCAGCUGCUCCGAUGCCUUUGGAUCUCGCGUCAUCGUCGUCGGGAGCCCCCUCUACGGCGCCGUCCAUGUCCGGAAUGAGCAUGGAGGCACCCAGAUGAUGGUUUAAUUUGAACCUUCCAUGGGAGUGGUAGUGACUGGAGGAAGUGUGUGCGUUAAGAGGCUUAGAGCGUCCAAGAUUUAUCCACUAUCCAGCAGAAAUGUACAGGUAGUUCUACUGUAUUAUGGGUAUCCAAGUAGAUGUUGGAAUUUGCUGUGUGUUUUGUGUUUCAGUGUGGAGUCUGCAGUGUGAGUGUGAAGGGGCACAAAAUUCAGUUCCCUUUCUUCCGGUAUUCAGUAUGUGAAUCCAGUGUUAGUAUGAAGGGGACAUUCAGUUCGCAGCAACGGAUCGAUCAUCGAUUCAAUUGGGCCAUGCCGACCAUCAUUUGGAUUUAUUUUUUCUUAAAGAAACAUUCGGAUCUAUUAACCAAACAAGUAGGAUAUUCCUACAGGAAGAACACAGGAAGAUUUUCUGGGCAUGGUCGCCGGAUCGCUUCGGAAACUUCUCAGUGCGUUCAGCAUAUAAACUGGUGAUUGCGCUGCAGCGUGAUACAGGUUCAGCAUCAAACUCGCUUACGUGAAGGAAAGCUUCUACGUGCUCAGGCAAUUUGGUAUGAGAAUGGACUUUCUGGCUAUGUCCAUGGAAGCAUAUGCAAUACGUGAUGGUGCCCAGCUGGCGUUUGAUCUUGGGUACAGACGAGUGCACAUUUGAAAAUUGAAACAGAUGCACAAUUGGUGGUUAAAUUGUGGAAUUCUCUUGAGAGUGACCGCUCGGAGAUAGCUAACAGGAUUAAGGAAACUCAAGAGCUUUGCGGGAAUUUUGUGGAGUUUCAACUAUCCUACAUACCUAGAGAAGCAAAUGAAUUUUGCUGGGGUUUGAUCUUGGGUACAGACAAGUGCACAUUUGAAACAGAUGCACAACUGAUGGUUAAAUUGUGGAAUUCUCUUGAGAGUGACCGCUCGGAGAUAGCUACCGCGGUUAAGGAAAUCCAAGAGCUUUGCGGGGAUUUUGUGGAGUUUCGACUAUCCUACUUUUUUUUUGUGAAAUAAUUCUUGUAUCACUCAAUUUUCAGUCUUACAAUCUCGUCCAACAAUUUUCAGGACUUCUUCUGGGCCAGAGCAUAACCAAACCGCGGUUCGGCCUUGCAACCUACUAAAGUUAGCCAUGAAAUGACUAGCACCGUUACAAUUCCGACGAGUAUGAGCAACAGAAUGAUCUCUCUAACAAUGAAUGCAUACUUCGAUCUAUUUGUGACUCCUUCCUUAAUCAUUGAGACGGCCUCCACGCAAUCUGACUCUAUAUCAAUGGGUAAAUUGCUCCAUUGUAAAGAUAAAGAAAUUCCCUCUUUUAUUGCAAGUAGUUCUGCUUCCAGUGCAUGCACGUGUGUAGGUGUCUGCAAGAGCUAAAUCCUACAUACCUAGAGAAGCAAAUGAACUGGCACGUUUAUGUGCUAAACAGUGUAGUACCUCCAGGUGUCGAUGUCUUUGGAUCAACUAUAUUCCGGCCUUCCUCGCGGCUUGUGUGUGGAAGGAUUGUAAUCCCGCUGG